CCUCUCUCGCGCCGGCGCUGCUGAGGGCUCGGCUCUGGCCUUUGUGUGUCUGCGGGCGCGCACCGCUGCGGAGCUAACCGAAAACAUCAACCUAUUUUGCAGGUACUCAAGAAUAGCACAUGGAAGAAUUAUAUGAAGAGGUGGUGAUUGAGGUCAUACAGCAGUGGACAUGUUUGGAUUUCCAACUGCAACCCUUCUGGACUGUCAUGGACGAUAUGCCCAGAAUGUAGCAUUUUUCACAUAUUGGUGCAUCUUACAUGACUUCCCUCUCAUUUUACCAGAUGUGAUGUCAGAAGCCCACCACAAAUAUGACCACUCUGAGGCCACAGGAUCCUCAAGCUGGGAUUUCCAGAAUUCUUUCAGAAGAGAGAGAUUGGAACAAAAAUCUCCAGAUAAUAAGACACUACAGGAAGAUUCAUCUGGAAUAAAACAGAGGACCUAUGAGUGCCAGGAGUGUGGAAAAUCCUUCAGGCAAAAAGGUAGCCUAACAUUACAUGAAAGAAUCCACACUGGUCAAAAGCCCUUUGAGUGUACCCAUUGUGGAAAAAGCUUCAGGGCCAAGGGCAAUCUUGUUACACAUCAGCGGAUACAUACAGGAGAAAAGCCCUAUCAGUGCAAGGAGUGUGGGAAAAGCUUUAGUCAACGAGGUAGCCUGGCUGUUCAUGAAAGACUCCACACUGGACAGAAACCCUAUGAAUGUGCUAUUUGUCAGAGAAGCUUCAGGAAUCAAAGUAACCUUGCUGUUCAUAGAAGAGUUCACAGUGGUGAGAAGCCCUACAGAUGUGAUCAGUGUGGAAAAGCCUUUAGUCAGAAAGGAAGCUUAAUUGUUCAUAUCAGAGUUCACACAGGCCUGAAACCCUAUGCCUGUGCACAGUGCAGAAAGAGUUUCCACACCAGGGGGAAUUGUGUCCUGCAUGGAAAAGUCCACACAGGAGAGACACCUUAUCUGUGUGGUCAAUGUGGAAAAAGCUUCACUCAGAGAGGGAGUCUGGCUGUGCACCAGCGAAGCUGCUCACAAAGGCAUGCCCUUUGACUGUUGUCUUCAAAGAAAGUUUUCUUUAUGAAUUAAGGGUAUGAAUUCCUCUGAGAUUAAGAUACUAUCCAAUCUUAUGGAAUGAGUGGACAGUCUUUCAGAAAUACCAUGAUUGGAUAGGGCAAGCUAAUUAUUCUCCUUUCCCCCAAAAUGAAUAUAAAAAAAUAAAUGUCUUGUUUGCUAUCAUUAUUAUGUAUAUCCUAAUUUCUGUCUGUUUAUUUUGACCUGAUUUCCCAGUUUACUGCUAUUAAUCUAGUGCAUACUUGGAAAUUGUUCUGUGUUUAAAAUUUGUAGUUGACACUAUCAUACUUCUUAAACAUGUUAGUUUUUUUUUUAAUAAUCAAAGGGAUUUUCUUCCCUACAUAUCUAAAUUAAUUAAUUUCUGUAUUCCAGACCACUGGGAAGAUAUUAUGUGGUGAAUUUAACUACUUUUAAGAAUCCACUCACUUAGCCAUUAUGCUUUCUGGACAGUAUUGUAUUACCUGGAUGAUAAUGUCCAAUAACCUAUUAUAACAAAGCACUUAUGUCCGGAGAAGAAUACUAGCCUUUCCUUACAGAUAGCUUUUCCAAAUCUACAAAGAUUUAGAGUCUAUAAAAUGAGAUUUACUUCAGUUUUCUACUGAUAACUAGGUUAGAGAUACUUUACCUAAAGCCAAAAAGCAGACACUAUCUGCAAUAUUUUAUUUUAGAAUCCUAAGCCUAUUUUUAUUUCUUUAUUAAGAUGACUAAAAUAAUCCCUGGGAUAUAUAAUGACCUUUACUCCAUUUCUGACAAUAGUAGUAAUAACCAAGGGUUGGGGUCACCGAAAAAGUAUAUAUGUAUCCUUAAUCCUGAACCCAAAUUUGUAUUUAAUAUUGAAGUUAUGGUAUGCCAACAACACUAUCUUUUUACACAUACACACAUGAAAUAUAUGAAAAGGUCUUCUUUUUGUCAUUUAUUUCACUUAUAGAGAUAAUGUAUGAAGAAUACUGAAGAGAAACUGAUUUAUGGAAAAAGUCUCAUUUUAAGCUUUUGUUUUGUCUAUAUAUUUUCAUGCUGAAAAUUUAUGUAAUUAAAAUGAUGAAUUAUGUGGA